AUGGCAACAGAUAUGCUCUCAAUCACAGCGCCAAACUAUACUAGCCCAUCUGGCUAUGAGAUCUCAACGGUCCCAAGGCCAAUUAUCAUUGCAGAUAAUGAGGUUCUCAUUAAAGUCCAUGCUGCGAGCAUCAAUCCAGUCGACGUCAAGAAGGCCGCCGGCGUCUUCAAGAUGGCAAUAAAGGAAGAGUUCCCGUAUAAGAUUGGGUACGACGCUGCAGGUGUCAUCGUUGAAGUUGGAAAGAGAGUGACGGCGUUGGAAGUGGGCGAUGAAGUCUACACGAGACUGCCAGAGAUCGGGAGAGGCGCCUGGAGUGAGUAUGUGAAGUGCACAGAUGCCUACGUCUCCUUGAUGCCUGAGAGUCUUUCCUUUGCCGAUGCUGCAUCGCUACCGCUGGCUGGAGUCACGGCAUUGCAGGUUCUUGGGCAAUACAGGGGCUCCCUUGAGGGCAAGACGGUGUUAAUCCCCGGUGGCUUAAGCGGUACAGGAGCGCUUGCAUGUCAGCUUGCCAAGAACGUAUUUCAUGCUGGAAAGGUUAUCACUACAGUCUCGACCGCCAAAAUCCCAAAAGUGCCGAAGCUUCUUGGCGAGGGCACAGUGGAUCAGAUCAUCGAUUACACCAAAGAGAAAAUCUCAGAAGCCAUUCCUCCAAAGUCGGUUGACUUUUGUUUCGACACAACCGGUCAAGCCAUGGAGUUCCUCUCACUCAUGGUCCCAUCAACCGGCAUGAUCGUCUCAAUCUCAACGACUCCAUCUGCCUCGACCCUCCAGGCUUCUAGUGUGAUGCGACGGCCAGAAAACCCUCGGAUCCCGUUCGCCGGACGAGUUUUCCUCGAUGCAGCUGAUGCGAUACGUAGACUUCGGGCUUGGCGAUGGGGUGUCACAUACAUGUAUCACUUCUUGGAUCCAAAUCGAGAGGAGUUGGAUACGCUUACGGGUUAUGUGGAUAGUGGAAUGGUCAAACCCGUUGUCGGGGCGAAGGUCGAUAUGAGAGAUAUCAAGGCCGUUCGCGAGGCUUGCGAUCAAACCUAUAAAGGAAAAGGCGGAUUGGGAAAGACUGUUUUCGAAGUCAUCAAGGAUUGA